AUGCUACGAAUAGACAUAUUCCCCAUAUUCUACCUCGAGGUGCUUCUAUCGUUGAUAUUUGUUGUGUCGAUAGCGUUGAUAGUGUUGUCUCUUAAAACGCAGCCGCAACUGCCCGAACUUGUAGAACAUGAACGGUUCAAUUUCAUAGAGUUGAAAAACUACCGUCCUACAGAUAUACUUGCGGUAAGCACAAACUCCAGUUGCCCCUUGGUGGUGAGUUUUGAAUUGAACCACACGGUCACGGCUUGGUCUCCCAAGGACAAGAGCAAGCACGUUUUGUCCAAGGACUUGUGGCCAAUAAAUCAUAUAGCCGUUAGUGAUGAUGGCAUUUAUAUCAUCUUUGUUAGUUUUGGCAAGCAAACAGUGUAUUGUUUUGAACACUUUAAGUUGAAAUGGACAAAGCCAAAUUUGAACUUGAACAGGAACUCAAAGAUAUUGGUGUCCUUUUUUAGAGAAAGAACGGUGCCUGGUUAUUUAACAAGGAAAAUUAUGAAAAGAGGUGAUAGUUCUGCUUCAUUAACAACAUUGAGUUCCAGCUCUAAAGUUAACGGCAAUUUUCCACCGCCUCCAAACCCAAUAACUCAACAAAGGACUAGUGUUGUUUCCAAAAACGCUCAAGUAAAGGAUGAUUUUAUCAUGAUAACCCAUAACGAAAUAAUCACAGUUUCAUGUAAUGACGGCGAUGUCAAGAGUGAACCAGUCGAGUACCUCAUAGCAGCUACAAAGCUUAAAACACCGCGAGUCAAUGAUAGAAUUAUUUGUCAAAACAAACAAGGAGACCUCACUGUAGGAGUAUCUAUCAACAACAAAUUUGUUUACAAAAAACUCCCCCUUAAGCAAAACUACAUGGGUUCAAACAAUCCAUUUACAAACAUCCGUGUGCGUAAUCUCAACCCCGCAACAAUAAUACCCGUAGACUUUAUAGGCAUGAUUGUUGUGGUUCAAGACUUGACGGCCAGAUUAAUUGACGUCAACACGGGGAUUGUAUUAAAGACAUUUAAUAUAGGUCAGUUCAAAGCAGGAACAUUCAAAGUGGCACAUCUGCAGCCGACGCAUUGUAAGUUUUGCGGUUGUGUUUCAAUGAAUUCGUUUUCAUUAAUUUAUCAAGAUGAUAAGAACACGCUCAUUGUUCACACUUUCAAAAUCGAUACCCAGCGGUCUAAAAACAGCAUAUGUUUUCGUGUUGAAAGAGAUCCUAGAGAGAUUCGGUGUCUAGGGUUCAAUGUGGUGAGUGAGUACCAGUUUUUGUACGAAAAUAUAAAGUAUUGGCAAGUCACUGAUGUCAAUACCAUCAUUGGUCUUGAACAAUUAUCACGUAUUUCUGAACCAACAGUCCAACCCACUAGUGGCUGUAUUGGUGGUGCUGUGGCUGCUAGUGCUAGUGCUGCGGCUGCGGCUGCGGUUGCGGCUGCUGCUGGUGGUAGUGGUAGUGGUGGUGAUCAAGGUCUAACCUCCCUACGUUUGCGGAAACAAAAAACUAAAAUCUCUAGAGACAAAUACGAAGGGAUCAUAAUUUCGCUUGUUGAUGGUAAAAAAGAAUCUUACCCUAUAGAUAUAGAUCAGCCAAUUUUAUCACUGGCAAAAUAUGGAUUCAAAUCAAUUUUGAUUAAUUUUGGUGAUUCAAUGAAGAUUUUUUAUCAAGGAACAAACAAGCUAAUAGAGAAUGACUUGUAUUAUAACAAUCGUAACAAUGGCAGUGUUAGUAGUUUGUUAUUCUUUAAUAAGAGAAGAAGUAGAUAA